CAAAGGAAAGACUUGAGAAAAAGUGAUUUCUUCUUCCUUCGUCCAGCGUGUUAGGGUUUUGCAGUUGCGGAGUUCAGUGAGAUUAGUGACAAUGCAUUGCAGCUCCAUAUGAUGCAAUUCUCCAGCACCUGCAACGCUGUCUCGAUCAAAACGCCAAAGUAUCGUUCAACACGGUACGAUAUUUUGCCCCUUCAUGUUUAUCUCCUUGUUCUUGUAUACUCAAUCUGUUCCUCCAAGCUGGAUUUUUCGAUUCGAUGGCCAUCAUCCAUCAGCUCGGUAGCACCAUGAGCUUCUCGAAGAUUCCAGUGCAGAGAAACUCCGCUGUUGUGUUGUGUAUUUCAAAGUUGCUGAUAUAAUAAUGGGUUCGAGAUCGAGCCAUGAAUUCAGUAACCCUUUUAGGUCCAAGAAUAGUUCACAAAAUUCCCCAUUGCUUGAUUAUGUCACGGAAAUUAUGUGAUGGUAUUUUUCAUGGUGAUGAUGGGUUUGAAUGCGUCGAGGAACCUUUAAAAAGGAUAGUUUCGGAGUAUGAUUCCAACGAGGGUGAAAGGCUCCAUGUGGAUGAGGAUUGGAGCUGUAACCAUAAUCAGUUUUCGCUUAGAAGAGGGUUCUUAGAGAACGUGAAGCUAGAUGCCAAGAAGGUCCUUGAGGUUCUUCGACAAGAUGGACCGGGCCUUGAUGCUAGGUUAGUUUUAGAUGAAUUGAAUGUAAGUCCGUCCGGGAUUCUUGUCAGAGAAGUUCUCGCUGGAAUCUUGAAGAGCAUAAAUUUUGAUAAUAAAACCAGGUGUGCCAAGUUGGCAUACAAGUUUUUAGUGUGGUGCAAUCAGCAGGAGGAUUACAGGCCCACUUCAAAUGCAUAUCACCUGAUGAUGAACAUAUAUGCCGAGUGCCUGGAGUUUAAGGCUUUGUGGAGGUUGGUUGAUGAGAUGAUUGAGAAAGGGUUUCCUGCUACUGCUCGUACGUUCAACAUUUUGAUUCGAACUUGUGGUGAGGCAGGUUUAGCUAAGAAAUUGGUGGAGAGGUUUAUUAAAUCAAUGAAUUUUAAUUAUAGGCCUUUUAAGCACUCCUACAAUGCGAUUCUGCAUGGUCUUUUUGUGUUAAGCCAGUACAAGUUGAUUGAGUGGGUUCAUCAACAAAUGUUGCUGGAGGGUUUUUCUUCAGAUGUUUUAACAUACAAUAUUGUCAUGUUUUCUAAGUACAAACUUGGAAAGAUGGAUCAGUUCCACAUACUGCUUGAUGAGAUGGGUAGGAAUGGAUUUUCUCCAGAUUUUCACACCUAUAACAUUCUUCUUCAUGUUCUUGGUAAAGGAGACAAGCCCCUUGCAGCUCUUAAUCUUCUAAAUCUCAUGAGAGAAACAGGUAUAGAGCCAACAGUGCUUCAUUACACCACAUUGAUAGAUGGACUCAGCAGAGCUGGGAAUGUGGAUGCAUGCAAAUACUUUUUUGAUGAAAUAAUAAAGAAUGGGGGCACGCCUGAUGUGGUGGCUUACACUGUAAUGAUAACAGGAUAUGUAGUGGCAGGUGAGCUUGAGAAAGCUCUGGAAAUGUUUCGAGAGAUGAUUUCUAGAGAACAGGUCCCAAAUGUGUUUACAUACAAUUCCAUAAUUCGGGGAUUAUGUAAGGCACGAAAGUUCAAGGAAGCCUGCUCAAUGCUCAAGGAGAUGGAGACCAAAGGUUGUAGUCCAAAUUUUGUUGUCUAUAAUACAUUAGUGAGUAGUUUGCGCAAUGCCGGAAGAACCAACGAUGCUCAUGAAGUGAUAAAACAGAUGAUGGAGAAGCGGAAGUAUGGUCACAUACUUUCGAAAUUUCAAAAGGACUAAUGUAUAGUUAUAGGGUAGAUUGUCAACUUGGAUACGUUAUGGGUAUCUACAAAUUAUCUGGUUAGCUGUGACCAAUGUCCCACUGCGGGUUCAAAUGGUUCCCCUCCUCCUCUGAUAUAUAUAUUUUUUGAGCAAUCGGCUGAAAUGAAGAACUGAGAUUGGGUUUUCAGUUGAGAUAUGUAUGAAGCAGGACGACCCCGCUGCUAGUGGAGAUUGAUUUUUUUUUACUUCUUGUUGCUAUAGAUGAAGAUCUAACAAUAUAUAUUCACACACGCACAGUGAAGUUGGCGGGUGUGUAUGAAUGUAUGUUAUGAAAAAAGCCGGUACUGUUGAAUUUUUUUAUUAGUCUCUAUACAUGAAUGUAAACGUGUAUGUAAAAAUUCAGCUGACUUAUAUUUAGUUACAAUUUAUUGAGGCGUCACUUGCAUUCUUGUAGUCCUAUAAUGACCUCUGCUAGUUGAAAUUGUACUUAUUUGAAGUGAUUCUGCUCCGAGAAAGAUAAAAUGUCUACCACAAAAGAAUUGUCUCUUCUUAUAAGCUUACAUUGCGCACUGCUAUAAUAGAGUGAAGAUUUUUUCAGAUUCUCUCAUGACCAAGAUAAUCUGUCGCUGUUGCCCACCAUAUAUACAGCCAAAGAUGACUCGACAGAAUGAUUGCCGAAAAUGCUUUGCUCAUGAAGCAAACGUGUGUAUAUACAUGACUUAGCUUUCACACUGAGAUGAAUGCUUUGAAAACCAUAGUUGUCUUCUUUCAUCUUUCAAGUGGUAGUGUGGAAUGAUGGAAUCACGAGCGUCCUUUGCUCUUGGUUUCAUUGGCACUUAAUUUAUAGAAAAUCACCAUGAAAAUUUAGUUUAAUAAUCAUUUGCUGAAACAAGACGUCAUAUUUAUCUACAAUCUUAUCACUACUAUCAGAGGAGAAGCCGUGGCCGCAAU